UGCAGCGACGAGUGACCAGUAGCAGAUGGAAGCAUAAGUGUCUGUUGUAUUUGUUCAUUCUAAAAUAUAGCGCAUGGAGGCGACCAACGGCACAAAUAACAUGCAGUUGUUCUCGUAUGAGCAGGUCUACAAGGUGGACUUUGAUGCUGCCACUGGGACUAAGAUUGCAGUGGUGGUGCUCAUGGUGGUGUUCUUCGUCUACAUAAACUGCAUCAUGCUUUUCGCUCUAAAAAGCAAGUCCACUUUCCACGAGUCUCCUCGCUACAUUCUGUUCGGCCACAUGCUGUUCAACGACUCUGUCCUGCUGUUGGUCACAGCUGUUAUGUAUGGCAUGUCCCUUGCUCUUCUUCAUGUAGCCAAGGCCUUAUGCUUACUGUUGGUCCUCAUCUCUAGCUGCACUUUCCAGAAUGCUCCUCUGACUCUGGCCCUGAUGUCUCUGGAGCGCUAUGUGGCAAUCUGCUUCCCUCUGAGGCACGCCGCCAUUGCCACCCAGAAAAGCACAGCCAUUGCCAUAGGAAUCAUUUGGUUCCUCAGCUCCCUGAACUUUGUAACUGACAUCAUAUAUGAAUUCAUCAUCGAUCCCAAUCAUUUAGUCAAAAUCACGUUUUGCACGCGAGAGAAACUAUUCGUGACCAAGUGGCAGGCUGAUAAAGCUCAAGGAUUUGACAUUCUUUAUUUUGUUUCAGUCUUGCUGAUCAUCAUCUUCACCUACAUCAGCAUUAUUGUGGCAGCCAGGUCUGUGUCCUCUAACAAAGACUCUGCCCACAAAGCCCACAGGACUGUACUGCUGCAUCUCUUUCAGCUGGGCCUGUGCCUCACCUCAUUUCUAUACAGCACCAUAGAGAGAAUGCUGUAUAUGAUGACUGGUAGCAGCAGCUCUCUCUUUAUACAUCUGCGAUAUCUGAACUUUCUCAUCGUCCUGAUUCUGCCUCGCUGUCUCAGUCCUCUUAUUUAUGGGCUGAGGGACGAUGCAGUGCGGCCUUUAUUCAGAUACUAUUUCUGCUAUGCAACUAGAAAAGUGAAACCUGCAUCCAAUGGUGUCUAGAGUGUAUCUCCAGCAUGUGACACCAAGCACAGAUUACCAUUUGUUCUUUUUGUUGGUUUAUAUCAUUUUCUACUAGAAGACAAUGUAAAAAAAAAAGGUUUUAAAUAUUUCCCCAAUUGUGUUCAGUUGAAUUCUGUUGGCCAAUAAAUGUUCUAA